UGUUAAAACAGCAGAGAGAGAGACACAGAGAGAGAGACAGAGACAGAGAGAGAGAGAGAGAUUUCUCCACCCCAGUCAACGUUCUCUCACUCCAUCCCCACUCCGCGCUCUCCCUCCUUCCUCCUGAACAGGUAGAGGUUGCUGGAGCGCGUGGCGCAGUAAAAUGUCCCGGGGAAGAGAAAGUCACCGGUAAUCAGUCUGCAGCUCUGCACUGGGAGCGAGCCCUGCGGUUCCGUGAGCGGAUUAUCACCUCACCUCGUCCACAGCUCACCACGGACAUGUAUCAAGGUCUAAGCAUGGCUACGAACCCGGGUUCCUACGAGCCGAGUUUCGUGCACAACGCUGCGUCGCCGGUGUACGUGCCGAGCACGCGCGUCGCCCCCGUGAUCCCCGCGCUGCCGUACCUGCAGCCGCACAGCGCUGCGUCCCAGCAGAGCAACCCGGCCUCGAGUCACUCGGCCUGGGCUCAACCAGGCUCGGACCCCGUGGCGUCGUACAACACGACCGGGACGCACCAUUCUCCGGUGUCUCCGCGCUUCACGUUCUCCGCCAGCCCGCCCAUGAGCUCGGGCGCGAGGGAAAGCGCCACUUACACAAGCCCGUUGAACGUCACCUCAAACGGACGGGAGCAUUACAGCGCGCGCGGCCUGGGCUCGUCCUAUCCCGCUCCCUAUCCCGCCUACGUGAGUCCGAGCGUCGGGGGAACGUGGGCCGCGUCCCAUUUCGACGGCUCGGUGCUUCAUAGUCUGCAGUCUGCAGGGCCGACCGGCGCGGCGAGGCACCCAAACCUGGUGUAUUACUGGAAACAUGCAUCUUGCAAGCAAAAUACUGAUCUGUUCGAUGAUUUCGCAGAAGGCCGAGAGUGUGUGAACUGUGGGGCCAUGUCCACUCCUUUGUGGCGGCGAGAUGGGACUGGUCAUUACCUGUGUAAUGCGUGCGGACUCUACCACAAGAUGAAUGGCAUCAACAGGCCACUGAUCAAACCCCAGAGACGACUUUCUGCUUCCAGGAGAGUGGGCCUUUCCUGUACUAACUGCCACACCACAACCACCACUCUGUGGAGACGAAAUGCAGAAGGAGAGCCUGUGUGCAAUGCCUGUGGCCUCUACAUGAAACUACAUGGGGUUCCUCGUCCUCUUGCCAUGAAAAAGGAAGGUAUUCAGACACGCAAGCGCAAACCCAAAAACCUCAACAAGUCCAAGCCUGGAAACCCUGGGAAUGAUGGCCACGCCCCUUCUAAUGCAGCCGGCACUGGUGGCAACGCAGUAGAACCCCGUCCAAUCAAGACUGAGCCAGACACGCCCACUCUCUUUUCCCAUCAUAACAUACAUGCACAGAUCUCAUACAUGGGAGGCCAAGGUGGGGCUUCAUCGCUGAAGCUCUCUCCAGGAGCCCAUACUGUAGCACCCAGCUCCAAAAAUGAGCCUUGGAACAGCCUGAUUCUCACAUGAACCUGCUGUCUUUCAGUCAAACGUUGCAGUUUCCAUCAGGUCUAGUACCGAACCAGUGACAGCAAAAGGGACUGAAUGGGCAAGCCAAAAAGAAACCAUCUAAAACACGUCAAACACAACCAGGACACAGUGGAAGAUACUGUAAGAACAGUGGAACUCAGAACUGACAGAAAGCAAAAGAACCCUAAACUGUCGAGAAACCAAUCGGGCAAAACAAGGGUCAGUGAAGCAACAUGCCUGAUACCUGAGA